CAACCUGAGAGCUUAAACAAACCAGAGAGCCGGCAGUUCAGGGCAGAGCUCGCACACUCGCGCACACAUUCACACAGCUGUUCAGCACUGAGGAAACUCUGGAGACCUGCACUGGAGAGCAAAGUCGAGACAGAAGCCAGAGAGAGACGCUGCUAUCUGAAAAGCAGAGCCUGCUGAGGAAGACGCAGCCCAGGGCAUCCUGAGCUGAAGGAGGAUAACACAGACCAGACCUUUGCUCCCCCCCCCCCCCCCAACUCCUGCAAACUUUCACCUCCCAACCCUUGUCCAUCAGUCCCCACCCCCUCUAGCCAAACCCCCCAUCACACUGACUGAACCAGCACAUUCUCCGGUGGCCUCGCAGAAGUUAACUCUCAGAGAGGCUGCCUGGCCCAUUCAAGAGGCAGCAGCUGCACCGAUGGAAGUCCCAACCCUGGCUGACAUGGACAGAGACUUGUGUCACCCACGAUCCUCCUCUCCAGAUGGGGAGACCGUGUGCUCAGCUCUCGCCCGCUAUGAGAACACUCUGCGUGAUGCCAUCAGGGAGAUCCAUGUGGAUGUCAGCACCUUUAAGCUGGGUAUGGAGCGCCGUCUGGAGGAGACAGCCAACCUGAGCGGGCCCCUGGGCCGAGCUGUGGCACAGCUCCAGCAGGAGAACCGGCAGCUCAGGAGUCAGCUGGAGGCUCUCACCCGACAGGUGGAGCUCCUAAGUGGCAUCACAUGUGACAGGAGCGCCGUUCUGAACAACACUCACAAUCAGAACCACAAGAAUCAUCUAAAUGACAUUCGGGAGAACCACCAGGAGGGGCAGGAGGUGAUCUACGGAAAGGGUCAGGCUCACACUCAGAGCCAGGCUCACCUCCACGUCCAGUCCUCCACCUUGGGAAGCCAAGCACAGACCUACAGCAGCCUCGGCAGUCAGCCCACCCCCGCAUCACCUCCCGCCACCUUUUCAUGCUCCCCUAGCUCCAGCAGCCCCCCUGCCGGAACCAAAGUUUCCUCAAUGGUGACGAGUCCAGUGUCCAGCAGCAGCCCCUCCAUCACCCGCUUCUCCAGUCGAGCCACAUUCGCCGUGUCCAGCAAGACCAACAGCAUUGAGCGAGAGGAGCCAAUAGAAGUCGACCCAGCGCCAACACUCGCUGGACAGGAGAAUGGACACGCUGCUGCAACAGAACAUUCAGUGUUGGUGCAUGGAAAGAUCUCUCCACCCACCGACUUCCCACAUGAGCACACGGCGCCCGUCGUCGCCAUGCGGAUGCCCCAUCUCCCCAUUACCGCUACGACCAAGACGGCAGAAAUCAAGGGUUCGCCGGUUUCUCCGAGCAGCCCCGAUGGUUCCCUGCCCUCCCCAUCCUCUGAGGCCUCGUCCAACGGCCAGUCAGCUGUUAGCAGUGCCCAGCCCCAACCAACAGAGGAGUCUCCAAAUCACCCAGUAUCCUCUGUAAAGACAUGGACGCCUACACCAAUCAGGGCUCUAGGAUCUCCCCGCAUUCAGGAGAAGGCACAUUCAGUCCCUGCUAAGUCUGUCACAUAUUCAGGUCUACUGCCGCAUGACAGAGACGGGGACCUGAGCAGUGACAGGUCUUUCGGACAGGUGGGAGAGAGGAGACGGGAGCUGGUGAGAUCACAAACUCUGCCUCGUAACAUCGGCGCCCAGGCUCGUCGAUCCAUCUUUGAAAGGCUGGACUCCGAGGCCAGUAACAGUCGCCCUAAACUGAUGGACAACAAACCCAAACUAAAGCGGUCUCAGAGUUUUGGAGUGUCCACAGCCAGCAGCAUCAAACAGAUUCUUCUCGAGUGGUGUCGCUCCAAGACCAUAGGCUACCAGAACAUCGACAUCCAGAACUUCUCGUCCAGCUGGAGCGACGGGAUGGCUUUCUGCGCACUGGUCCACUCCUUCUUCCCCACCGAGUUCGACUACACCGCUCUGUCGCCGGCCAACCGCAAACACAACUUUGAGCUGGCCUUUGGGACAGCAGAAAUGAAGGCAGGCUGCGACCGACUGAUAGAGGUGGAUGACAUGAUGAUCAUGGGCCGCAAACCAGACCCCAUGUGUGUCUUCACCUACGUCCAGUCCCUCUACAACCACCUGCGCAAGUUUGAGUGAAGCUUUAGGGCUCACUUCAGUCCAGCUCUUCUUUGCCGUCACUCAGACACCUCUGUGACUGGGUGGACUCACAGAACUUGCAUGGGGAGCACUUCGGAGAGACUGUGUCGCCUCCUAGUGGUGGAUUGGUGAACAUUUGGCUGCUUUGGAGAAGCAGCUCUGAAAAGAAACACGCAGCUCAGAUCACAGAUAAAAAAAAUAUGGACUGAGUUGUUACUGCUGGGUAUGAACUGUAAUGAAGAAGAUGAAUGGACUCACGGCUGCGAGGCUGUUUUGUACCUUUUUAUUAUGAUUAUUUUAGUGUGUAUGAGUGUGUGUUGUUGAGAUUUAUUGGAGAGAUAGUGAAAAUGUUGCCGUGCUGUUUAAAUCUUUAUUAUCACCUCACAUGUUUGAGCAUAUUAACAUGGAUGUUUGCACCAGGGGGAGGGGAGGGAUGUCUCACGAAUGUCCCUGAGGACUGUGGAAGAAUAUCCAAAGCAAUGUUGUUGAGUAUAAAAGGAUUGUGUGAUGAGUUGUUCUUGAGUUGUAUUUCCAUCCAAUGUGUGUGUGACGUUGUGCUAUAGAGCUGAUGAUGGAAAAUGAACGCAAUAAAUUGUACUGUACACAUAACUGUG